GCGCAGUCGCGCGGAGGGCGGGUGAGGGGAGCGGAGCGGAGCUGAGCGGCGUCGCCGUUGUUGUCGUCCCGGCUGGCAGCGGCUGCAGUAUGGCGUUGUCCGUGCCGGUCAACGGGUUGAAGGAGGGUGAUAAGGAGCCCGUUAUCGAGCUUUUCGUGAAGGCUGGCAGUGAUGGUGAGAGCAUAGGAAACUGUCCUUUUUCUCAGCGACUCUUCAUGAUCCUUUGGCUGAAGGGAGUGGUGUUUAGUGUCACAACAGUUGACCUGAAGAGGAAACCAGCAGACCUUCAAAAUUUGGCUCCAGGCACUCACCCACCCUUCAUAACUUACAAUGGUGAAGUGAGAACAGAUGUGAAUAAGAUUGAAGAGUUCCUGGAAGAUGUUCUGGCUCCACCCAAGUACCUAAAACUUUCACCAAAGCAUCCAGAAUCAAACACUGCUGGAAUGGAUAUAUUUGCCAAAUUUUCUGCAUUUAUCAAAAAUUCUAGACCAGAAGCUAAUGAAGCCUUAGAACGUGGCCUCUUGAAAACCCUCCAGAAACUGGAUGAGUAUCUAAACUCUCCUCUUCCUGAUGAGAUAGAUGAAAAUAGCAUGGAGGAUAUUACAGUUUCCACUCGCAAGUUUUUGGAUGGCAAUGAGAUGACAUUAGCAGACUGCAACCUGCUCCCCAAACUACACAUUGUCAAGGUGGUGGCCAAAAAAUACCGCAACUUUGAGAUUCCCAAGGAAAUGACAGGGAUUUGGAGAUACCUGACAAAUGCUUACAGCAGGGAUGAAUUCACCAACACCUGUCCUGGAGACAAAGAAAUUGAAAUAGCUUACAGUGAUGUAGCCAAGAGACUCACCAAGUAACCAGCACUUGUGACCAAGAUGACUUCUUGCAUAUUCCAUAACAAUGCUUCUAACAGACUGCUCUUUUCAUAUAAGAUAGCAAUUUUUUUUUUUGCAUGAACUUGCAGUUAUUCAAAGUUCUGGUGGAUAGACCAGGUACAGUAAUUACCUAAAGUUUGCAGACUUAAUUAUAGGCUUGUUUUUCCUUACCUCCUUUCAGUUGGAAUAUAAUUAAUACAGUUAUGUUAAUAUUGCACUGGGGUGACUUUAGAUUCUUCAGGAUGAAGGAUUAUCUUGCCCCAACUACUUUUCUUUGCAACCAUUUGGUCCCUGUCUAUGAAUUGGUUUAAGAUACUGUCUUGCUAUAUGGUACAAGGAAUAUUUAUGUAUUUUGGAAUUUAUUGCUUUUCCAGAAGAUCUGUCCACAGUUGUCAUAUCUGUGAUGCAGUGAACUGUACCUGCAUGUCUAUCCUAUUUACAUAUAGAAGGGAACUUAUUAUCCAAAAGAGCCAUUUGCAGAAUACUUGGCAAUGUUUUUAAGAAAAAUUUCUCUUGGAUUUGAAAUAACAGUAAUGGUUGUGAGUGGACUAAAUGUGAAACUUGGAUUUGAAUGACCUCAGACAUCAGGGAAUUUCAAUCUGGGCUUGAGUGCUCUAGCAGGAUGCUUGCAGUUCUGAGUUAGUAUUUAGUUGUGUCUUCAAGAAUUGGUAAGAUUAAGACAAACAAAACCAAUUUUUUUUUUGAGAAAAAUUGGUCUGCUUUUGUCCCAAAUUCUAAGUUGCAGCAAACAAAUAAUUGUCAGGAUGUCCUUUCCCAUCACAAAACCAGAAUUGGAUGCUUGCCAGUUGUUCCCCUUAAAAAGUUGCAAGUGGCUUUCUUUUUGGUAGUUAAGAGCCUUUAUUUUAUAUAGGUCUUUCUGGUGAUAUUUACUUACAAAUCCUGUGCUGUCAUGAGUAAAAUCUGUGUAAACAUUAGUGUCUUAGUUGGUAAAUAGCUACUGUAUAUGUGAAUAGCAGUGCAAUGAUUAGCCAUGCAAGACUGAACUGUUGGAGAGCUAUUCAAGUGGGAGUCUUUCUGGGAACCUUUUUAAGCUCUUUCUUUCCUGCAGAAAGCUGAAGUGACCUUUGAAGAUAACAUUUGCCUUAAAUUAUUAGUAUAUGUUGUUGGGUUUUUUUUCCUAAAAGGAAGUUUAGUAAUUCCUUUUGUAAAGAAAUGGUGCAUGAAAUCCAGUCCUCCACGUUGAGUUUAUCCUAAUUGCUUGUCUGUGCACCUGGACUGCAAUUUUGCAUAAUCAUAAUCAUUGCACUACUAUACAUAAUCUUUUUACAGCAACACUGAGGAAUAGCACUACAAGUUUUUUAAAAAGCAAUUUACAAAUGUUUCUAAAUGAGGGAAGAGUUUUCAUGUUUAAAAUGAAUGGUUUUGAUGCAUGAAAUAAACAGCUAGGUUAUUUUUAAAAGACCAUCAUAAGCAACUCCAAAGAAUGCCAGACUUAUAUGCCUAUUUUUUUGUAAAGAUACUUUUAUAUUUAACUGAUUUUAGAAGCUGGAAAGUGCUAUUCCUGCUAGGUUGUUCUUGGAAUAUUUAACAUUCUGCAAUAACGUGAAAAUGCUCACAUAAACACUUUUAUACACUAAUUUUUUUGGUAAGCACUGGCUUUAUGAAAACCAGCCUGACUUUUCUAAGCAUCCUGCUUUUGCUACUUUAUAUACCCAUGAAGUUAGUUUGACAUAGAAGAGGUAGAGUGCAAGAUCCAUAUUUGUACACAUGGCUUGUGGUGCCUUGUCUCUCCUUCCUAGAGCUAGAAGUCCAAUAUAAAGGCAGUUAGCAAUCCUCUUACAUGUCUUUUGAGGCAACCUUAGAUACAGUUAGACCCUGUAAUGAUUUUUUUUCUUUUUUUCAGGGGUGUUUAGGCACAGAAAGAAAAAUUGUGCAGAGUGACCUGGUUAGGAAAAACUGAACUGUAGCUUUUUAAUAAUUACUGUAUUCUAAUGUCACGUUCUCAUCCUGAAUAAAGUUUCUCAGCCAUAAUAAUCCUCUGUAGGGGUUCAGUCUUUGCUACAACGUGACAGCUAGGAGAAAGAAUUACUUGGUUUUUUUGUUAGAUAAUGGUAUUUUUUAAUGACAGCAGGGUAAAAAAACCAAACCAGACCCCUCAUUGGUUUGGUGCUCUUUGCCAUCAUAUAGUUUAACCCUUAAAAAACCAGAAGGAUAGGAAGCAAUGUGAUUGUGGGCAUAGCUUUGGUAAGUUUUAACUCUUCAGACUAGAUCAGAGGGGGCCUUGGAAGUUGUCUGAGGUUGUAGUCAUUCCUUUUAAAAGCAAAUCAGCCCUUGUGCCCUGUGCAAGUAGUACACCAGGCACUGAUGUGCAGAUGAGCAGGAAAACACUUUAUGCAGUUUUGGAGUGUGUGUGCUGCCUGCAUGUCAAUGUACACCAACACUCAAGGUGUUAAGCUACCAGGCUUGUUGUCUUGUAUAGAUAAAAGAUUCUCUCUACUUUUUAGGCAAUCUUCAAACAAUUGUAAUAUGUUAUAUUCAGCAUUAAGUAUUUUAAUGAUUGCAUCUGAAAGCUUGUAAACAAAGUUAAAGCUCUUGCUGUUAACUAAUGGAUUCCUUAUCUCAGUACAAUGGAGCAGUGAGUGUUGGAGCCUUUCCCUUGGAGGUGUAAUUCAAAUGAGGACCAGGUUAGCAAUUUCUAGUUUACCAGAGGGCAGCUCUUAACCCUCUUGUGUGAAAGGAAUUUGGGGACUUUUUUAGGCUUCCUCUUGCCCAGGUUUGUUGUGUUGUGGCAGAAGCUGGCCAGCCUCUUGCUGGCUUCAGCAGAGGCCAAGCAGCUUUUCACCUCUGUAGCUGAUCCCUUCAAAACAGCAGCAUGGAGCUGGGGUGGUGUGGAAAAGGCUCAGCGUCUGGUGUGGGUAGAGCACUUUCAUCUGGCCCCAAUCACCAGCUCUACAUUAAUUAAAAAAAGCCCUUUCAUAACUAUGUAAAUUCUUGACUUCUGUCAACUUGUUUACAAUCUGAUCUUUAAAUGCAUUUUUAAUUUCAUCAAACAGCAAUUAAUCUACCCCCUGUUUAAAUUUAAAAUGAUGCUUCUAGCCCCUUCUACAAUUUAAAAACAGCAGUUACCCUUUCAAGUAGGCAUUCCAGUUUGCAAGUUGGUUGCAUGUAUUAGCAUGCUGAAUAAAUUACUUUAUUCUCAAGCUGAAAUAUGCUUAAAUUCCCAUUAAAACAGGUGACUUGUGUAUUUCCUCAACAUAAAAAGAAAAUCCAUCAUCUUCACCCUGUUUUUGUGUGGGAGAACAGAUUAUACUAGAUGCAUGAUUAUUUUUUUUUCUUAAUGAAGCUUUCCUUGAAGAGAUUCCUUAUGUGUAAGAGCUGCUUGUUGAACAAGAAGCAUGGGAAUUCUCCAGCAAUUUCAUACACUCCAAAGUGAACUCCUGGUCACUGCUGGUCUGUCUAACUGUCCCACACAGUCAGUCAUACCCCUGUAGCUUUGACAUUCCCAUUUGCCCAUAAAAUUGGUGUUUUUUCCUCCAUGGGCAUGUCUAAACUGAUUGAGAGUUGCGUGCAGUUCUAUGAUAAGAAGAGAGAUCUAAUCAAGUUUUUAUGCUAAAGCAGCAAAUUAGCAUUUUGUAUCAAAGGAACACAGACAUGAAUAAAUUGAAGCUGUUUGAGCCAAACCCACUGAUGCCUAUCUCAGUGUAGAACAAAAAGUGGCUAAGUGCAGUCAACUUUUUCUUUUUUUUUCACUCUUUGCCACUCAGAGUGCUAUCUGUUCAGUUAAUAUUUUCAGAAGAAGGCUUUAUCCCAAGUGAAAAGUAUUUCAUCUGUCUCAGAACCUGUGCCACCAACUAUUACAUUUUGUUUCUGGAGGGGUUAGGGGAGGUGGGAGAAUAGUGGAGCAGAAUAGGAUGUGGAGACUACCAAGACAGGACAUCAAGAAUUGGAGCAUUGUUUGCUGAAAUACUUGAAGAGUUUAUACAAUUUAUUGUAGUUUGCUUAUGUCUUUCACUCUUUGGAACAUCUUUUACAGAUAUACCAGUAUACUGCUGGCAGCUAUUGUUAAAAAUAAAAUUAUAUUUUCACUACCAAGCA